UUUAGCAAUAUUUUUAUAAUAUUGUACUAAAUUCCAACAUUAGAACGAAAAGGGCACGUACGGCCACCAUGUAUUCCAAAAUAUUUCGUAUAAAUACGUAUGGUACUUGGUAGAUAGUUAUUCACAACAGAAACCUAUAGAACAACAGUCAUGGCAGCCAAAAUUCUUCUCGUCGCUUGUGCUUCUGCGCUCUUGAUCCAGUGUGCGAUGGGCACUUGCCUCGGUCGCCUCGGCGGUUUGGGAUAUGCUGGUUUAGGUUACGAUGGAUUCGGCUACGCCGGUCUAGGUUACGAUGGAUUCGGCUAUGGUGGCCUUGGCUACGACGGAUUCGGCUACGGUGGCCUUGGCUACGACGGAUUCGGCUACGGUGGCCUUGGCUACGACGGAUUCGGCUACGGUGGUCUUGGCUACGGUCGUCUCGGCUGCGGCAUUGGCGCCAUCGCUCCUGCUGCUGACAUCGCUGUCGCCAGCGGCCUCGGAGCUGCCUAUGGUGGUGGUCUCGGUGUGUCCAGCGCUUCUCCUAUGGCUCCCACCGGUCUUGCCGUAGCCUCUGAGAACGUGUACGAGGGUGCUGUCGCUGUUGGCGGUAACCUGCCUUUCCUGGGAACCGUGGAAGUUGCUGGAGAGUUCCCCACCGCUGGUGCUGGUGCUGUCUCGUACGGUUGUGGUGAUGGUGCUGUUGGCAUCGCCGCUGAGGGUCCCAUCGGUGCCGCCGUCGGCCCCGCCUACGGAUACGGAGGUCUGGGUGGAUUCGGUAUCGGAGGAUACGGACUCGGACGCGGCUACGGUGCUUUCGGCGCCCGCGGUUGCGGCUGCGGUGCUUGGUAUUAAAAACCUACUGUGAACUGUAAACUGACAACUUUGCAAGAAAUAAAAAUAUUAUCAGCAUAAUUGUA